CACUUUGCAGGUGUCCGAUAGGCGCGUGCGCCGUUAGUGCCGGCUCCAUACGUGAGGGCGGGAGAGCGCGAGCUCGAGCCAGCCUCGGGGGCACUCGGCGCGUUCGUGUGAUGUUACUUGUUACCAGAAGGGGGGAGUUGAGAAGGACGGGAAGUGAUGUUGCAUUGACGAAAAAAGGCAGUAAAAAAAGUAGAAAAAAAGGAGGCAGGAAAAGAGAUAACAUAAAUAAAGUGACUGUGGAGAGAGAGAAGCUGACGUGCUAAAGUGGCUGGCUGGUUUGCUUGGCGGCGCUCCUUGUUUGAGACGUGCAGAUUAUUGAUUAGAAAAAAAGCUGCAGGUGUAAUAAUAGAAGUGCUGCAAUUUUUUAAGUUAUUACUCUGACCCCACCACAAUUUAAGAAAACAUCUCAAUGGAUUGAUGACUGCUGGUAACAUUGCUGCAUGACGAAUUGGAAGUCCUUCAUUGAAACUAAUCCUAAACAGUGUGUUUUUUUUAUCCUUUAAGGUCCUAACCAAAGUGUCGCUAUGUCUGAUGGGGACUAUGACUAUCUCAUCAAAUUCUUAGCUCUGGGAGAUUCAGGAGUAGGAAAAACCACCUUCUUGUACCAAUAUACAGAUGCAAAGUUCAACUCCAAGUUUAUUACAACAGUAGGCAUCGACUUCCGAGAGAAGAGAGUGGUAUAUAAAUCCAAUGGACCAGGUGGUGUUUCUGGCAGAGGACAGAGAAUACACCUUCAGCUGUGGGACACAGCCGGACAGGAAAGAUUUCGUAGUUUGACGACAGCAUUCUUCAGAGAUGCAAUGGGAUUUCUCUUGCUCUUUGAUCUCACAAGUGAGCAAAGCUUCCUUAAUGUCAGAAACUGGAUGAGUCAGUUACAGAUGCAUGCGUAUUGUGAAAAUCCAGAUAUAGUGCUGUGUGGCAACAAGUGUGAUCUGACUGAUCAGAGAGCAGUGAAGGAAGAAGAAGCCAAGGAACUUGCAGAUAAAUAUGGUAUUCCUUACUUUGAGACUAGUGCUUCAAGUGGCCAAAAUGUGAGCCAGGCAGUGGAAGUUCUCUUGGAUUUAAUCAUGAAGAGAAUGGAACGGUGUGUGGACAAAUCUUGGAUACCUGAAGGAGUAAUGCAAUCAAAUGGCCACAGCUCUACAGAGCAGCUCAGUAACAGCAAAGACCAGGGCAAAUGUAGCUGUUAGUCAUGUCCACCUUGUGUGUGAAGUGGUGUUUCUGAGUAGUAUACUUGUGGUUAUGGACAUGAUGAUUUUCUGUUCCAUUACCAGGGGUCAGUAUCCCUACGUGGCCAACCAUUCCAAAAGAAGAGUAGACUGUAGGGUUUGUGGGCAGCAGGUCUUCUCAUUUGUAGCACAUGUCUUCUAGCUAGUUAGUGUGUUUUUAGUAUACAGUCAUGCAGAUACUCUGGGGUGUGGGUGGAAGCAGACUAAACAUCAAAUGGCUGAAGUUUAUCCUUCACAAAUCCUGGAAAUCAUUGUCUAGAUGGAUAAGAGCAAAUUAUUUUGACAGGUCUAUUGUGAAAAACUGAGUAAAAGUUACAAAUUAAGUAAAAAAAAAAAAAAAAAAAAAAAAAGGAUGACCAUCUGAGUAUCCUGAAAUGUUAAUAAUAUCUAAGUGAAGCUUUUCAUGACCGUUACAGAGGUGUAAGUGAAGGGAAAUGGUCGCACAAUCAUUAGCCAAAUUUCACCUCUCACACCGAUGGAGCAUUAGGGGUCAGGAGAACCUUUCUUUUUCUUUGGUGAAGACUAAACUUCAGCCUAUGCACAGAACCACAAAGUACUUCUUGUUCACUUGUCUUGUUUCUCUGGUAAUUUGAGAAAUUGAUAACAGCAUAAGAUUUUUGGGAAAUUCAUAUUGUAAUUUUUUAAUUGUUAUUAAAACUUUUCUGCUUUUUGUAAAAUGUCGUCUUUGAAUGGCAGAUAGAUCCCUAGAAGUGUUUAACAUUAUCAUUAAGUAUUUUAUUUUCAGCAUCAGCAGAGCCAUUCUAUUUAAACCUCUAAACCUUCUUGUAUUUCAACAGGAAUCAGGGCAGACUAUGUCCGAGUGAGUCACCCUAAUACUGGUGAUAAAGACCUAGAGCAUUCUGUGCCUGAGGCACCUUUGGGACAUCUAGAUUGUAAAUUGGAUAGAAAAAGCUGUUGAUGCCUUUGUGGUGCCCUUUAGUUUAAAUGAUUAAAAGGAAUAACUGCAGCUAUAUUUUAAAACAAAAAAACUCAACUCUUGUGUUACUUGGACAACAUUGGGUUUACUUGUCUAUUGGGAUAAUUAGUUUUCUGUUAAGGUGGCAUCAGGGGAAAUCAUUCAACUACAUGAUUAUGUGAUUUUUUUUUUUUUUUUUUUUUGUCCUGUUUUGCGUUUAAUAUAAAUCAGUCUUGAUUCUGGGUUUCAAAAUGUGCCUAAAUUAGGAGGGUGAGUGACAUUUGUUCAUGUUUCUUUUUUAUAACACACUGUAUUAUUGCCAAAACACUGUCAAUGCCAAAUAUGUAAGCCAUAUUUUAGUGUAUCUAUAUAAAGCUAUCCACACAAUAUUUUAUUUAUUAAAAUGUUAUAGUCAACUUUAAAUUAGUAUUUGAAUUUAUUUCCCCUCUCUAUAGCCAAAAAUAAAUUAUUGCCUGUUCUUUCAGAAAUUAUUGUUCAGACUUUCCUUUGAAUUAGUUUUAAAGCAUACACUAUAUCCAGACAUAAUGUAUGUACACCAGACCCUAAACCAGAAAGAAAAAAAUAUACCAGACUCAUACUUUGUUCUGUACUGUGUGUCUACAUGGUCAUGUACAUUUAUGUAGUACAAUUGAGAUCUACAGUGACAUGACUAAACAGAAUUAUUGAAUUGUGUGGGUAUAUACAUAGUAAUCACUUUCAUAAACAUAUACUGUAUUGGAUAUACUGUACAUAUAAAUGUUUCACUGUUCUGGGUUGAUUCCCCUCUUAUGCCCAAUGCUACAGUUCGCAUGACCCAAAUCUGGAUUGUGAUAGAUUAAUAAUAGGUGGAAGGUGUGACAAAAAUGACGCUCUAAAUCUAUAAGUGGUCCAUAUAUUUUGCAUUUGUACUAAUAGAAUUCCAAAUGGGUGUGCACAUGUAUGUAAACGAGGGUAAAUCAAAAAGUAAAGGCAAUUUGUAAAUUACACGGUAAUGACAGUGGACAGAAGCUGACACAAUCCAACACAUUCACAGUGGCCUAUGGGUAGUUUGAAGACGCACAGCACAGCGCUCUGCAGUUAGUCUUGUUGAAGCUAAGGUCAACUGAACAUGGACACUCUGCUACAGGAUUGUACCAUUGUUGAACAAUGCCUCAUAGUGAGAUUUCUUUGGGUAAAGUGAGUGAAACUGAAGGAUGUUGGCUAAGUAUGGAAGUGAAAACAGCAUGACUCGAUGCAAAAUGUAUGAACGGGUAGAAAGGUUUACAGCAAGAAGUACCAGUGUAACCGACAAAGCUCAAUCUGGUUGAAUCUCAUACUCACUCACGCAAGCCCACAUCAACAUGGCAAAUGCCUUCAUCAGGGAAGACGGACAGAUUACGUUGACUGCUCUUACUGCAGAUUUGGCUAUCAGCUGUGGAUUGCACAUGAUGACUUGGGCUACUGUAAAGUUUCUACAAGAUGAGUACCCAAACAGCUUAUUAACUCACAAGACAACAUCCUCCAAUGAAUAUUAGCAGGUUUCACUCCCUUUUCCCAAAGAAAUCUCACUACGGCAUGUUGUUCAACAAUGGUGCAAUACCGCAGCAGAGCGUCCGUGUUCAUUUGACCUUGGCUUCAACGAGACUAACAGCAGAGUACUGCACUGUGCGUGUUCGAACUACCUAUAAGCUAUUGUGAGUGUUUUGUAUUGUAUUAGCUUCUAUCUGUUGUCGUUACUUUACUUUUUGAUUUACCCUCUGAAUAUGCUGAAUUGCCUGUUCUCAUCAAAAUUGAUAUAGUACUCUAUUAUAUAAAGAGUUACACAAACACAUUCAAAUAUUUAUUAAAUCAAUCUAAUUCUGCUUACCCAAAUACCAGGGCCUCAGGUCAAUUAAACACACACACACAUUUUAAUAUAUAUAAGUCUGUAUGUAUACGUGCGUGUGUAUGUAUCAGUAGUUUACACAUUUUUAUGCAAAUAUAUAUUGAAAUAAAAAGCUUUUACUGUUCAUUAGUAUAUAUUGUUUAUAAAAGGAUCACUGUAUAUAUUCAGAAUGUACAGAUAGAAUUUUGAGUGUGCAUAUGUAACAUCUAAAUAGGUUUCUACAUGCAUGCAUUCAGAUAUAAAAUUGUAAACAAUCAUUUUCUUUUUAAUUCAGGUACUUAAUUGGCCUGGCAUGAGUGAGUCUGGGUUUGUGAGCAAGUGUUACCAACAGUACACUGCUGUCCCAUCCUGCAUUGAGCCCAGUAAUGCUGGGAUAGGCUUUGUCCUCUGCCACUCUGAGUUGGAUUAAGUGGGUCUGACAAUGGAUGUAUUGUUUUACUUUAGAAAUCCACUCCCAAAAAAAUCUCCUAAUAAGGAUGUCAGAAUAUUUCACAACAAUUUUAUGUAAAAUAAGUGCACUCAUGGUCUACAGUAAAUAAGUAUGAAGCUGGGUUGUGUUAUGUGCACAUUUGCAAUUAUUUUCACACUAGGUUUUUGGACCAUGUAUUCUUUUGGAUGGGUGGGAUUUUAGAGAAUACCAACUUAUUGUGCUAUUUUAGUGGUGUUAAUGUGUUGGUAUUUGAGAAAUCUAUACAUGGCAUUAAAAAGCACUUUUACAAAAUGUAUCUAAAUAUUUUUAAUGCGUAAAACUAUUCUUUCAUAUGCUGUAAAAACACUGGAUACUUUUUUUUCUCCAUUGCAGGUCUGGUGAAUUUUGUAGAUUUGAAAACUAUAUAGAAUUGAUGCACAAAUAUUUUUAUCUCAGAUUGUAUAAGCUUGUCUGCUAGGUUACAUAACAGAACUGUAUUUUACCAGAACUGCAUUUAUAAUAAAAUGUGUUCAAUAUUUAAAUCUU